CGACCUCACCUCGCUUUGCCGAAUAAUCAAUCCCUGACACGCUCAGGAUGAUAUUUGAGCUGUGUAUGCGGGCCGCCUAACAUCGAUGCAUGCUCUUCGCGCCAGCGCUGCUCAGCAGUGUUCGGGUGUAGAUGGAACCGGCGUGGAGACUGCUCAACACCACAGUGACGGCGCAUAGACUGGGAUGUCGAUGGCGCGCUCAAACGCGGUGUCUUCGUAGCUUGCUUAAUGUCUCAUCAACCCGCAAUCCCUGGCCUGCAUCGCCGAUAGCUCACCGAAGCAGGCUUCAGAGCACAGAUGCUCAGGAGCGCAAUGGCUCCAGAACGACGGUCCAGCUCCGACCAUAUCAAGAAGAGAGCAUCCGCGCCGUUCUCGACUAUCUGAAACGAGGCGAAAGGCGGUUAGGGCUCUCUCUGGCGACCGGCAGCGGCAAGACUGUCAUUUUCAGCCACCUCAUCGACCGUAUACCGCCACCAAACAGAGAUGCAAUUCAAACGCUCAUUGUCGCUCACAGGCAGGAGCUCGUAGAUCAAGCUGCGAAUCACUGUAGAAGUCUCUACCCCGACAAGACGGUCGAUGUGGAUAUGGCCGCUUCGCAAGCGUCCGGCUACGCCGACAUUACUGUGGCUUCAGUGGCAAGUCUCAACUCUGGUAGUCGCCUGCUAAAGUACGAUCCCGCACGCUUCAAGCUUGUAAUUGUCGAUGAGGCUCAUCACAUCGUGGCAUCGCAGUAUCUAAGUGUGCUCGAGCAUUUUCGCUUGAUUGGAGACGGUCGGGCGGGACAUAUUGCGUUGGUAGGUGUCUCCGCCACCUUCUCCCGCAAGGAUGGCCUCAGCCUUGGCAAAGCUAUCGAUCAGAUUGUGUAUCAUAAUGAUUUCGUCAGCAUGAUCGAACACGGCUGGCUCGCCAAGGUAACGUUCACGACCGUGCGCCUGGGUGUCGACCUGUCCAAGGUCAAGACCGGUCGAGGUGACUUUCAACCUGGUUCCUUGUCCAAGGUCGUGAACAACGACGAAAUCAACACGAUCGUUGUAAGGGCCUGGCUUGAAAAGGCUGCGGGCAGGAGAAGCACACUCGUCUUCUGUGUCGAUCUCAACCAUGUUGCGGCGCUCACAUCCAUGUUUCGUCGCCAUGGUGUCGAUGCACGCUUCGUAACUGGCUCCACGCGCCGCAAGACCCGGCAAGAAAGGCUCGAGGCCUUUCGUGAGGGUAAGGUUUCUGUGCUACUCAACUGCGGUGUCUUUACAGAGGGAACCGAUCUGCCAAACAUCGAUUGCAUCCUACUAGCCCGCCCGACAAAGUCACGGAAUUUGCUAGUUCAGAUGAUCGGUCGUGGCAUGAGAAAACAUGCUGGCAAGGACAGUUGUCAUAUCAUCGACAUGGUGGCUGCGCUGGAGACAGGAAUUGUGACAACACCGACUCUCUUCGGCCUCAACCCUGAUGAACUGGUCGAUGAGGCCAGCGCUGAGGCUAUGAAGUCACUCAAGGAGAGAAAAGAAAGUGAGCAACUGCGCGAACAGCAGACUGCCAUAUCAAGUAGCCAAUCACCGGAGCUAACGGGGAAUGUCAUCUUCACGGACUACCAGGACGUCAAUGACUUGCUUGAUGAUACAUCUGGCGAACGCCAUAUCCGCGCCAUAUCGCCUUUCGCGUGGGUCCAGGUGGACCAAGACCGGUACGUUCUAUCCGGAAGUGCUGGUGAGCUUAUUGUGGCCAAGGACAAACAGCGCUACCAGAUUGUCUUUAAGCAGCGAUUGCCGGAAGAUGCUCAACGCAAGUCCCCAUUCAUGCACCCACGCGAGGUGGCUCACGCAAGCACGUUCGAGCAAGCGGUAGCUGCAGCCGAUCAUUUUGCGAGAGCGAAGUUUGUCUUCGAAAUCAUCUCGAAGGCGGCUCGCUGGCGGAAGUCGCCAGCUUCCGAACAGCAAGUCGCCCUCUUGAACCGUUCCCGUGCGGAUGACGACAAACUCGAAGUGGGCUCCAUCACGAAAGGUAAAGCUGGCGAUCUGAUUACGAAGUUAAAGUAUGGCGCAAAAGGCCGUUUUAACAAGAUCAUGAGCGGAAAGCGUAAGGCGGAGCGGACAGAGCAAAAGCGAGCACGUUUCGAUGAAGCAGUGAAGAGAGCCCAGGUGCAAGUGGGUGCUGUCAUGCAAGGCUAGUCAGAAUGGUCAUCAUCUGCCAUGCGGUGCAUCGGCCUUUGUUUGGCUCGCUCCAGAUGUUCCGAACAUGUGAAAAUCCAAAUCCUUCACAUGCCACGGUUGGUACCGUGUCGCUGAGCGCCAUCAUGCAAGACUUAUGCAGGAACGGCUGGAGCUUGCACGUCGCCUUGGCAUUCGACAACGGUCCAGCUCCUCAUGCUGGAUGGAAACUACACCCACGUUGUUGCGAGCGGAAAUCCAAAACCACGCAGUUAGUUGUAAAACAGUAUAGCCUAUCCUGUGACCUGUCCACCCAGCCA